AUGCCGACUGACUCCCAGAGCCGGGACUCCAGUCGGAAGAGGUCCCAUGGUGACUUUCUAAAUGAGGAUACUUCUAAGUCAUCGCCAGUCAAAGCCGAUGCUUCUCUGAGCAACAAAGAGAACCAAAACCCUGAAUCUGCUACCCCUCGUCGGAAGCCUGAGAAUUUCGACUCUGGCCUCACUAAUCCUCUCGAAGAUUUGUCCUCACCAGAGUGGAAGGAUGAACCGAUGCCUGACUGCCCUUCGUCACGGGCUUCCAGUCCCCUUUCUCCCCCACCAGCGACACCCAGCCCUCUAAGGCCAACGUCAAGUUCAUUAAAGCCCACGAGCGGCCCAAACGAUGGUUCAGGGGAGCCCCCCAAGAAGAAGAAGCGGCUAACCGCGGCAGAGAAGGCCGCAAAAGCGCAGGCCAUUGAAGAGGAGAAGCGCAAGCGCCAGGAGGAGCGCGAGCGCAAGCGCCAAGAAAAGGAAGAGGCGGAGAAGAAGAAGGCUGCGGAAAAGGCCGCUCGUGCUGCAGAGAAAGCGGAGCGCGAACAAGAGAAGAAGCAGAAACAGGAGGAGCGCGAGAGGAAAAAGCGUGAAAAGGAAGAAGAGGAGGCCAAAAAGGCUCGAAGUCAGCUCAAACUCACGAGCAUGUUCACCAAGACAACUGUUCCGAAGCCUCAAUCCGCCGACAACAAGAUGGCCAAGGAGGGUGCGGACGCACCGAAAAAGGAGAAAACCUUCUAUGAGCAGAUGUUCAAGCCGUUCUUCAUAAAGGAGAACGUGCGAAUGGCACCGAAUUACCACGAAAUUGAUGAGGAGACCAGAGAGGCCAAGGCUAAGGCCCUUGAUGAGUACCUACUCAAUGGUCGCCAGGAGCCCCUUGAGAAACUCGAUCUUUGCAAGACCCUCGGCAUUACCACCAAGCGUCCCCGCGGCCGCGUGUAUCCGAGCGUCCGAAAGAUUAUGACCGAGUUCAACCAAUUGACCUCUGGCAGUAUCCCCAACCUCUCGGCUGAGCGUCAGAACGAGAAACUUAGGAAGACUCUCGAGAUUCUGAAGACCGUGCCGGUGAAGUCUAUCAAAUUUAAGGAAGACGUUCGACCGCCGUAUAUCGGUACUAUCAGUGGUCUGCCGCCCGGCGGCCAGAGCCUGCGCAAGCUUGCCCGUCGGCCCAACUCGCGCAACGUCCUGACUCUCAACUACGAUUACGACUCGGAGGCUGAGUGGCAGGAUGAAGAAGGCGAGGAUAUUGAGGAUCUGGAUGAUGAAGAGGAGGAUAUCGAUAUGGACGACGACAUGGCCGACUUCCUUGACGAUUCAGAGGAUGUUGGUCCUCAGCGCAAGGUGCUGGAUGCCGACAUGGAGCCCCAGGCCAUCGGCCCUUGUUUCGAGGAUGUCAGUGGCCGCAACCCUAAUCCAGAGCUGCAUCAGUAUGCUCUCGAAGUCCUCAUCAACAUUCCCGAGGGCCACAGCAUUGACCCCUGGUCGACCGCAUACUGGGACUCGCCCAAGUCCAAGACGAAGGAAACUGCCUCCGAGGCGUCCACUUCCGCCGCAAGUACUUCUAACAGUGCCGCGGGCGCUUCUUCCUCCGCCAGUGCCGCGCAGUCCUCUGGUCCUGGUAGAAAGAAGGCCCAGCCUCUGUCUGCCGAGAUGGAGGAGAAACUCAAGGACCUGGUCCGGAGCAACCCGGCUCUUAGCAAGCUGGGUAUUGUCGAGGUGUUUGCUUCACAGAAUCCGUCGUGCUCGCGUGCCCAGAUUAAGGCGUCGUUCGAUCUUCUAUUCGAGAAGUCUGGUAAGGGCUUCAAAGUCAAGGGCGAGUAG